CGCUCAUGGUCUUUGCUCCUACUCAUGUGCUACCGUGCUACCCCGCCUUAUUUUACAAGUACUGGACUUACGUGCUGGGUUACCUCUUAUCGUUCAUAAGCGGUGGUCCUCAUAGCCCUGGAGGUCAGGUAUCACGCUAAAACCCUCCUAAUCUUUUAAUCUACAGCAGUAAGACAAAACCAAACCCCCCUAAAACUUCCCCCUACUUUCCCCCCUACUUUGAAUUUCCAAAGGUUCCAAGCCGUAUCGACCGCCUGUGAUACGCCCGAUGAUCAACCCCCCCAUACCUUAACCCAUACCUUACUAGUCCGCGCCCACCCUUCAGCGCCCAUGAACCGCCCAUGAACCGAAACAUUGACCUUGUCAACUUCAGGUCUUUGACCUUUUCCAAUUGAUUCAUGAUCAACCCAACUCAAACCAUAACCACAUCCAUCCUAAAGUAGAAAUUUGACAUUCAUUGCUUCUACUUCCUCAGCCACCUCCUCAUAAAAAACACUUCCUUCCCUUUUUUCUUCUCUUUUCCAUUUCUUCCCCAUCUUUUCCAUCUUUAUUCCUUCCUCCCUUGGUGCAUUGCGACGAGUCGAUAAGGGACGCCGGUUGUCUUUGGUUCUGAGAUAUCGCCGUCUCCUCUUUUACAACCAAUUCCUUGUAUUUCUUCCUACUUUUGGGUCUUUGCGACCUUCACCGACUUCCUAUAAUAAACUUCAUUUUACCAUCCGAGAUCAGGGAAUCGUUGGAAAAUGUCGUGGAAACUUACCAAGAAAUUAAAAGAUACCCAUCUGGGUCCCCUUACGAGCACCUUCUCUCGAAAUCCCUCCACUUCCACCAUCACAGAGAAGGAUGAGAAGAGCCCCAUCCCGACCUCUGCCACUCCUACUCCCAGCGAUCAUGCAAUCGCUGCUUCAGAACAUAUGGUACAGGAACCCGUCGUCAAGCCUCCCAAACCCGGUAUUCUUGUAGUCACGCUACACGAGGGUCAGAAUUUCGCCCUCCCCGAACAACAUCGUAACGCCUUCUCCCAACAUGGCCAAGGCUCCAUGUCGACAGGGAACGCCCUGAACGUCGGCUCUGUACGACCGGGAUCCUCUCAGAGAACAGUGGCGGGAUCAUUUGCGAACGGCAGACCUCAAACAUCAGCAGGCGGCUUCACCGGUAUACCUUCUAACCACGGUCGGAUUUCUAGCAAAUAUCUACCGUACGCUCUAUUGGAUUUUGAUAAGGUCCAAGUUUUUGUGAACUCGGUCUCCGGCAACCCGGAGAAUCCCUUCUGGGCCGGUGAUAACACCCAGUACAAGUUCGAUGUGUCUCGAGUCACGGAUCUUAACGUCCACCUAUACAUGCGAAAUCCCACCGCACCCCCAGGCUCGGGACGAAGCCAAGAUAUCUUCCUAGGAGUGGUUCGAAUCUCCCCCAGGUUCGAGGAAAAGCGAACUUUCGUGGAGGACCCUAAGGCCAGCAAGAAGGAUCGCGAGAAGGCCGCGGCUGAAUUCCACAAUCGGGAGCGUGAGCUUGGGCACAGCGGAGUUGAAUGGGUUGACGUCCAAUACGGUGCUGGCAAGCUCAAGAUUGGUGUGGAAUACGUCGAGAACCGCGCGGGCAAGCUAAAGAUUGAGGACUUUGAGCUUCUCAAGGUAGUCGGCAAGGGCAGUUUCGGCAAGGUCAUGCAGGUACGAAAGAAGGAUACUAGCCGAAUCUAUGCGCUUAAGACUAUUCGCAAGGCGCAUAUUAUUUCGAGAUCUGAGGUCGCCCAUACCUUGGCCGAAAGAUCUGUGCUGGCGCAGAUUAACAAUCCCUUCAUUGUACCCUUGAAGUUUACCUUCCAAUCCCCAGAGAAGCUGUACUUCGUGUUGGCUUUCGUCAACGGCGGAGAAUUGUUCCACCAUCUCCAGAAGGAGCAGCGAUUCGAUGUUAACCGAGCACGAUUUUACACGGCCGAGCUCCUCUGCGCCCUGGAAUGUCUACACGGGUUCAACGUCAUCUAUCGAGAUCUCAAGCCCGAGAAUAUCCUCCUCGAUUACCAAGGUCAUAUCGCCCUUUGCGAUUUCGGUCUCUGUAAACUGGAUAUGAAGGAUGAGGACCGAACUAACACGUUUUGCGGUACACCCGAGUAUCUAGCACCGGAACUACUUAUGGGCAAAGGCUACAACAAGACCGUGGAUUGGUGGACCCUAGGAGUUCUUCUUUAUGAAAUGCUUACAGGUCUCCCACCAUUCUACGACGAGAACACCAAUGAGAUGUACCGCAAGAUUCUAUCGGAACCCCUUCAUUUCCCCAGCGCCGAUAUCGUUCCCCCAGCGGCCAAAGAUCUACUGUCCAAAUUACUCAGCCGUAACCCCGAGGAGCGAUUAGGAGCUGCAGGCAGCGCUGAGAUUAAGGCGCAUCCUUUCUUCCACGCCAUCGACUGGCGUAAAUUGUUACAGCGCAAAUAUGAGCCGACGUUCAAGCCUAAUGUUAUCGACGCACUUGAUACGGGCAAUUUCGACCAGGAGUUUACGUCGGAAGUACCACAAGACUCGUACGUUGAGGGACCAGUAUUAUCGCAGACAGCGCAAGAGGUGUUCCAGGGAUUCAGUUACAAUCGACCAAUCGCUGGGCUUGGUGAUGCCGGCGGCAGUGUUAAGGACCCUUCGUUCGUAGGCAGCAUCCAAGAUCGACGAUAAAAUGUCGAACCUUCAUUCGGUUAUGAUACUAUGGUGAGGUGAGGCGGGAUAGAUAUAACAUCCAUCUCGUUAGGAGAGGACUAGCUAGUACGGGUAUGAGUUGAAAGAGGCACUAGCAAAGAUUGAGACAUAAAGAUGCCCGAGAGGCUAGAUUGCUUUAGUAGAGCUUGCGCUAAGGCGGAAAGUGUGGUUACUAGAACUCAUUGCAAAGCACGAUCAUGAUGGAUUGUGAUGAUGUGCUGUGUUGUUGUGUCGUGCUGUGGUUGGCGAAAUGUUUACAAGGGAUGCUGAACCACGCUGGAAGCACUUUCAUAUCGGAGUUUGGCAUGAAUUGUGUUGAUGAUGCCUCCGAGCUUACACUUUUCUAGGGAUCUCAAAAAGAGACAAUAGCAACUCUGUAGAUAGAGAAGAUCGAGGCUGGGAAAAGAAAGCUGCCUUUACCAAUAUUCUAUAUCUUUUCAUUGUGCUCUUAGCUAUUCAUUGAAUGAGUAAGGCUCUAUACAUGGGAGAUUGUAUUUUCCAAAAUGAUCGGUCUCUUCUUUUUGAUCCGAAG